UGAGAACAGGGUCUCUGUCGCCCCAAAGUCGUGUGCACGACGGCUGGGGCGGGGCCGGACCUUGUCCUGAGUGCGUUGUGAGGGACUGGAGGCGGGAAGAGCGCAGUGCACCGACCUCGAGGGUAAAGUCAGGGCCAGAGUCCCUCGGGAGCUGUCAGCUCUGCCACCCGUGCUGUACGUGACUCGAUCCCCGGCUGUCAGGGACCAGAUCCGUGGGGACGCCACGAUGGGAGGGGACACGACAAUGCGAUCUCGGGUGGGAGAUAUCCCGGUCCACAGAACCUAGGUCUCUUUCCCUUCUGGCGAGUGGUUGGGCGUCUGAGUGUUCCGGAAACUGGUCAAGGAGGGCCAGACUGUAGCCCCCAGGAUUGCGCGUAGGUCUUUCUAUUCCGAGCGCGCACGCUCUGCAGAGCUGGGCGCUCAGCCCCGCCCCGCCGCGCGAGGCUCCGCCUCUGUUCCCGCCCUCCAUCUCAGUUCUUAAGUGGUACCGCCCACAGACAGGCCCAAGAGCCAGUCCAGAAUCCACACACACUCAGAGGCCCCGCCCACCACCUCACCCCCGCGCGAUUGGGGUCCUACAAAUUGCUUCCAAACGCCCAGCUCAUAGUAUACUUUUGAGGCCCACCGCCGCCAGCCGCAUCGGGCUCUGUUGUGCUACGCCCCGCCCUCUUCAGAGUCUCCUCCCUCUCCCCAAACCUCUACCUACCUCCCAUAGCUCCGCCUCUCAUUCUAUAACCUAGUCUACACAUCCGAAUCCACGCCUACUUUCUUACUCAGGACCUCCCCAGAAGCCCGGCUCCUCGCCUCUAGCCGCCCACAUCUCAUAGCCCCACCCGAACCUUGUAGUCCCGCCCCAUCAUCCUUUGGUCCUGCUCCGCAUCAUGAUAGUACUGCCUAUAGUCCUGCCCCUCGGUCCACGGUCUGUCCCGCUCCUGGUCCCGCCCCGUAACCCGUAGCCCCGCCCCGUAGCCCCGCCCCCGCCAGCCGCCGGUGCGCGCGUCCCUCUGUCCAGAGUCCCAGCGCGUCUGCUCGCGCCCGGUGCCACCGGGCGUCGGUUCCCGCGGCGCCGCCAUGAAGUCCCGCAGGGAGAAAUUACUGAUCCCCGCGCUGACGCUCGAUCUGUCGCCCAGCAGCCAGAGCCCAUGCCUGUUGAGCCCCGGCAGCCCGUGCAGCCCGUGCAGCCCAUCGCUGGGCCUGCAGCCCUGGAGCUGCCGCAGUGGCAACCGUAAGAGCCUCGUCGUGGGGACGCCCUCACCCACUCUCUCCAGACCUCUGUCACCACUCUCCGUCCCAACUGCAGGUAACAGCCCCCUAGACAGUCCUCGGACCUGCUCUGCCGCAGCAGCCAUCAAUUUCCCCUUUGCCCGGAGCCACCUCUCUCACGGUGACAGGGCUGACGGCAGAAGAUGGUCACUUGCUUCCCUCCCGUCCUCUGGCUAUGGGACCAACACUCCCAGCUCCACCGUGUCGUCAAGUUCGUCCUCCCGGGAGCGUCUACACCAGCUCCCCUUCCAGCCCACAGCAGACGAGCUGCGCUUCCUGUCCAAACACUUCCGCAGCUCAGAGAGUGUGGUGGACGAGGACGGAGGCCGUUCUCCGCGACUGCGCCCACGCUCACGCAGCCUCAGCCCUGGACGCACAUCAGGAACCUUCGACAACGAGAUAGUGAUGAUGAACCACGUGUACCGGGAGCGCUUCCCCAAGGCCACAGCGCAGAUGGAGGGCCGGCUGCAGGACUUCCUGGCAGCAUUUGCUCCUGGCGACCGCCUGGCACUGGCAGACGGUGUCCUGGGCUUCAUCCACCACCAGAUCGUGGAGCUGGCUCGGGACUGCCUGGCCAAGUCGGGCGAGGCUCUAGUCACCUCCCGCUAUUUCCUGGAGAUGCAGGACAAGCUGGAGAGGCUGCUGCAGGAUGCGCAUGAGCGGUCAGACAGCGCCGAGGUGGGCUUCAUCGUGCAGCUGGUCCGCAAGCUGCUCAUCAUCAUCUCGAGGCCAGCGCGGCUGCUCGAGUGCUUGGAGUUCGACCCGGAAGAAUUCUACCAUCUGCUGGAGGCUGCAGAAGGCCAGGCCCGGGAGGACCAGGGUGUGAAGACGGAUCUGCCCCGCUACAUCAUCCGCCAGCUGGGCCUUGCCAAGGACCCGCUGGAAGAGAUCCAGCCCCUGCAUGACCUUGAUGAGGACCAGCCCCCUGCUCCUGGAUCCCCUGAGAGCCGAGGCCUGGGUGGUCCGUCUCGGAGGAAGCCCUGUGAGAGCGACUUUGAGACCAUCAAGCUCAUUAGCAAUGGAGCCUAUGGGGCCGUCUACCUGGUGCGGCACAGGGAUACGCGGCAGCGCUUCGCCAUCAAGAAAAUCAACAAGCAGAAUUUAAUUCUGCGAAACCAGAUCCAACAGGUGUUUGUGGAGCGGGACAUCCUCACCUUCGCCGAGAAUCCCUUUGUGGUUGGCAUGUUCUGCUCCUUUGAGACCCGCCGCCACCUCUGCAUGGUCAUGGAAUAUGUGGAAGGGGGUGACUGCGCCACGCUCCUGAAAAACAUGGGCCCACUGCCCGUGGACAUGGCACGCAUGUACUUUGCGGAGACGGUGCUGGCACUGGAGUAUCUGCACAACUAUGGCAUUGUGCACCGAGAUCUCAAACCUGACAACCUGCUCAUCACCUCCCUUGGCCAUAUCAAGCUGACGGACUUCGGCCUGUCCAAGAUCGGCCUCAUGAGCAUGGCCACCAACCUGUAUGAAGGUCACAUCGAGAAGGAUGCCCGAGAGUUUGUGGACAAGCAGGUAUGUGGGACGCCUGAGUACAUCGCACCAGAGGUGAUCUUCCGCCAGGGCUACGGGAAGCCAGUAGACUGGUGGGCCAUGGGCGUCAUCCUGUAUGAGUUCCUGGUGGGCUGUGUGCCAUUCUUCGGGGACACGCCUGAGGAGCUGUUUGGACAGGUUGUCAGCGAUGAGAUCAUGUGGCCAGAGGGAGAUGAGGCCCUUCCCCCCGACGCUCAGGAUCUCAUUACCAGGCUUCUACGUCAGAGCCCAAUGGACAGGCUGGGGACAGGUGGCACCCAUGAGGUGAAACAGCACCCCUUCUUCCUGGCCCUGGACUGGGCAGGGCUUCUGAGACACAAGGCAGAGUUUGUCCCGCAGCUUGAAGCUGAGGACGACACCAGCUACUUUGACACUCGCUCUGAGCGGUACCGCCACUUGGGCUCAGAGGACGACGAGACGAAUGACGAGGAGUCCUCCACGGAGAUCCCCCAGUUCUCCUCCUGUUCCCACCGCUUCAGCAAGGUUUAUAGUAGUUCUGAGUUCCUGGCUGUGCAGCCCACCACCACCUUUGCCGAAAGAAGCUUCAGCGAGGACCGAGAAGAAGGCUGGGGGCAAAGCAGCGAAGGAGACAACGGCCGCCGGCUGAGCACUGACCUCCGGCUGAGGUCCUGGACAGCUGCCUCCUCCUGUCAGCCAUCUUCCUGUCAGACUGACCGGGGUCCCAGCCCGUCUCUCCUAAGCACCAUCAGCUUGGACAUGCCUAAAUUUGCCUUCUCCUCUGAAGAUGAGGGAGCAGGUUCAGGACCUGCUGACCCCAAAAAGCCUGUCUUCAUCCUGGGGGAGCCUGACCCCCCACCCCCGACCACCCCAGUGACACCCAAGCCCUGCAACCUUUCUGCCGACACAGCUGUCCUCAGCCAUGCCCGCCUUCGAAGUAACAGCACGGGCGCCCGGCACUCAACUCCUCGGCCCCUGGAUGCUGGCAGAGGCCGUCGCCUAGGAGGCUCAAGAGAUCCCGGCCCUGAGAAGCCCCGGGCUUCCCCUGGUGGCAGUGGGGGUCGAGUGCCCAAGUCAGCCUCUGUGUCCGCCCUGUCCCUCAUCAUCACGGCAGACGACGGCAGCGGGGGUCCUCUCAUGAGCCCCUUGUCGCCCCGCUCGCUGUCCUCCAACCCCUCCUCCCGAGACUCCUCACCCAGCCGGGACCCAUCACCAGUGUGUGGUAGCCUGCGGCCCCCGAUCGUCAUCCACAGCUCAGGCAAGAAGUACGGCUUCAGCCUGCGCGCCAUACGUGUCUACAUGGGCGACAGUGACGUGUACACGGUGCACCAUGUGGUCUGGAGCGUGGAGGAGGGGAGCCCUGCACAGGAGGCCGGACUGCGUGCUGGGGACCUCAUCACACACAUCAACGGGGAGUCGGUCCUGGGCCUAGUGCACAUGGACGUGGUGGAGCUGCUGCUGAAGAGUGGCAACAAGAUCUCCCUGCGCACCACAGCCCUGGAGAACACCUCCAUCAAGGUGGGACCUGCGCGGAAGAACGUGGCCAAGGGCCGCAUGGCCCGCAGGAGCAAGCGUAGCCGCAGGCGGGAGACCCAGGACCGGCGGAAGUCUCUGUUUAAGAGGAUCUCGAAGCCAUCUUCUGUGCUCCACACCAGCCGUAGCUUCUCCUCGGGCCUCCAGCACUCUCUGUCCUCCAGCGAGAGCCUUCCCGGAUCACCCACUCACAGCCUGUCCCCUAGCCCCACCACACCCUGCCGCAGCCCUGCACCCGAUGCCCCCACAGACACAGCAUCCCCACCCAGUGUGUCGCCAAGCUCCAGCAGCCCCGCUUCUCCAGCCACUGGCCACACCCGUCCCAGCUCACUGCAUGGCCUGGCAGCCAAGCUUGGACCACCUCGUCACAAGAGCGGCCGCCGGAAGUCCACAAGCAGUAUCCCUCCAUCUCCGCUGGCCUGCCCGCCCGUGCCCACGCCCCCGCCACGCUCACCGUCGCCCCUUCCGGGGCACAUCCCCAUACCCGCACGGUCCCCUAGGCUACGUAGGGGCCAGUCAGCCGACAAGCUGGGCCUGGGCACCAGUGAGAGGCUGGAUGGGGACGGAGGCCGGCGGGGCCGGGGGGCGGAGGCUGAGCUGGUCGUCAUGAGGAGGCUGCAUCUGUCAGAGCGUCGGGACUCCUUCAAGAAGCAGGAGGCUGUGCAGGAGGUGAGCUUCGAUGAGGAGCCUGGGCCAGCUCGAGCAGUGCCCAAGAUCGCUGUGCAGGGUGCAGAGGCCACGCCCGGGACCCCAGGACCAGCUAGGAAAGACUGACCACCUUCUCUGGCUGCAGUUCCUUACAGAGCUGUCAUCUUCACCAAGUCACACCUAGAUGGGGUGCAGCCAUCAGCCUGGGACUUGGCUGGAGGGUGCCCCCCCUCCCAGGAAGGAGGGGUGCCAGUGACUUGUAAAUAGCAAGCCCUCGAGACUAAUUUAUUACUUUUUAUAAGCAAUAGCCAGGCUGGCCCCCCUGGUGGACUCGGCUGUCUGUCUUGUCCUUGGCCCCUGGAGUGCAGUCUACAUGCCCUGUUCUCUGGGUCAAGGUGAAGCACUUUGGGCAACUUCUGUGUUUUCUAGUUUGUCCCCUGUCCUUUCCCUAUCCAAGUGUAUGUGUGUUGUGUGUGUAUGUCUGUCUGUCUGUCUAUCCCAUUCCCAACCCAAGACCCACUUCAAGGCACACAAAAGCUGGUCCCUGCCAAGUUUGGACAGAAUUUGGAAGCUGCACCCUAAAGCAGGAGGAUCACUAGUUCAGUGGCAGGCUACACUCUGAAGACUACCUUCUGUGUCUGAAUAGCUUUCCUCCGACUGUCCUUGCUCCACUCUGCCUGUGAUCCUGCAUGCUUCAGUUUAGGGGAAGUGUGGGAACAAAGGGCUUGGGGGAUGAGGAAUGCUGUGGUUUAAGACAGAAUAGCCCAUACACCUUGCAGGUAGUAACUGACAGAUCUAAGGGCCAUCUAAGUGGAAAGGUGUCCACUGCAGGGAUGGGACAAAGCACUUGUCUAGCCAAGUGAGGACCAUGCCUGACCACCAACCCCCAGCACCACAAAAUCAAUGACCGCGUGCACAGAGUCCCAUGUGUGUGAGGCCCAGCAUGGUGAGUGCAGAGGACCAAGCGUGGAGCCCGGCGACGCUGUGUGAUUCUGGAGGAGUGUCUUUGCCAUUCUGUGCCUGUGCUGCUGUGUUUACAGGACUAACCCCAAUGACUUGCACACUUCAUGUGCACUGAGCACACCUGAAUUCCUCCCAGCUUUGUGUGAUCCAAGCAGCCGAGGUUCCCAAGGCCAGAGGCUUGCUCCACAAUGGCCCAGUAAGAUUCCUGGCUCAGGACAGCAUCUCCCAGCCCUACUGUGAGCAUGGCCAUGGGAGAGCCCAGGCUGUCCCCAUAAUGCUGUGUGAUCCAGCAGCCAUCCAGUAGGUUGCCAAUGAUGCAGCUCUCCACACUCCAUGAGGGGAGUUUGCAGGCACUCAAACCCUCUGCACCCUCCCUGACUCCCAGCCAGUACCGACUGCUGGAAGAGAGACCAAGGCUGUGCAUGAGUAGCCCUCCACCCAUCUCGGAGCUGGCAUCAAAUAAAGCCCUAUGAUGACAUCUGA